AUGGAUAACAGCAGCAGCAUCAACUCCUCCUCCUCUGCCGCUUCCAACAUUAGCACGGCUUCUCUCGAAAAGCUCGAUCAGGCGGCGAGCUGGGUCGGCACCACCGUAAUCUCCGCUUUCUUCGCCUCCCUCGAGCGUUGCUCCUGCGUUAACCUGUCAACCUCCGAUGAUGACGACGACAACGAAGAAGCCCAUAGCCGCCCCCUUGCUCUCUCUGCCGCUCCUCACCCAGACGACAUCGUUUAG